AUGUUCUGGUUAUUUUGUGUUAAAGACGCGACGGACAUAAAAGAGUACCUUCUGGAAGAUCUCAGCCGAGUAGCAAAGUGCUGCUCUGAACUUUAUCUAUUUAUUAACCCGGAGAAAACCAAGUAUUUACUUAUCGGAACGCGACAACAGUUACAAAAUCUCCCUACAGAUAUGUGCCUAAAUUUCAUAGGUGAAACUAUCAACCCAGUUCCUUCAGCCAAGGAUUUAGAAUUAAUAAGGGACACCAACAUGUCAUACGAUUGCUAUAUCACCGAAUUAGUCUCCUCUUGCAUGUCCAAGUUGUCACAGAUCAACCGAGAAUCUAUAUCCCUCUUGGUAUCAGCAUUGCUAAUGAAUAAACUUCUUUAUUGCUCCUCUGCUUGGUCGAAUACUUCGGCCAAAAAUAUUAACAAGCUACAACUGGUACAAAACGU